AUGGGUUUAUUCGGUAGUAGUCGUCAAAAUGAUCGUUCACAAAUUGCUAAAAGUACUAGAGGUUCUAUGUUCAACCCGCUCUCUCUUGUUAGGGGAUACUUCAGCCGCCAAUCUAAAGGAGAACGGGUCGAUAUGAGUGAUCAAUUCGACAGACUCUCUGAUCGUUUUUCGCAUUCUCGGACUAAUAACUCAGCUCCAUAUGACCAAAGUCAAUUAUCAGGUCAAUCUGUGACUGGGAAUAAACUUCCUGAAGUAGUAUCCGAAUACCCUGCGGGCUAUAGAUCAGCAGAGAACAAUCAUGAUCUGCCAGAUCAUCAACCUUCCGUAAACGGGGCUCUCGGUUCGACAGUUUCAGAACCGGGAAAUGGAGGGAGGCAGGAAGAUCAAGUAUCCUCGGAGAGUAGAUCAGAACAUGAUGACGAGGAGAAACAAGCCACACAUACGGAAGGGCUGCAGACGGUGGAGGAGGAACAUUCAGAUAGAGAGGAAAACAUUGGUCAGGGAUCGGGAAGAGAAAAUGACAGGGAUGAGGACCGAACGAGGUUAUUGGAUGCGUUUCGGGAUGAUGAUGAUGAAGAAGACAAAGACAAAGACAAAGAGGAGGAGGAGGAGGAUGAGGAGGAUGUGGUGGAAGACAAAGAAUUGGGUCAUGUCGGACCUGUAAAACCGCGUGUCACCAUGUCUAUCCCAGAAACCGUCGGAUUGGGUAUUCAGGGAGUGCGUGGAAUCGAUAGUGAUGUUGAACCACUUUCUUCUCGAGAAAUAGAAUCACUUAAAGAGUUCCAGCAGGGUGAAGAACAAGAGAUUGGAUUCCAAGCUUUGAAAACGACCGACAUCGGUGUUAAUGGGUUCAUUCGAGACCAAGAUAACAAUGGGAUUGAUCCAGUGGAGGAAUCAAUCUUGACCGAGGAAGAUGAUAUACCCCAGGAGACUUUUGAUGAUGGCGACAAAAUUGUAUCUCCCACUGAAGAGGAUGAUGAUAUUUUGAUUCCAUCUGAACGAAUGCGUGUCGAGGGAAAUAACGAGGUCAACGUCAACAUUCAGAAAGAUGUAGGACGGGAUCUGUUCACCAACCUGGACCGCUCCCUUGAAGAUACAAACGCAACAUCCUCAAUCGUACUCAAUUCACUUCUUCCCGUCGUCACUACACCUCUUAACCCCUUAUCUCAAGAUGACGAUACCAUAUUAACUUCCACUCUUCCCAAUCUUGAAGAUUUAGAACCAUCUCAUGUCAUCCCAGAUAUCCAGAUUACUACCCCUGUCGCGGAGUUGGGACUAAAAGAAGACUCAGAGUCUAAUCAACUUGCACAAGACAAUAUCUCCACUUCCCCCAGACGUCGAUUUAGGUUAUCUCAUUACACUUACUCCGAUUCCACAUCGUUCAUGGGCCAAAUCGAUCACUAUGCCACUCAAGCGGAAGAUCAUUUCCUUCAACUCCUCUCCGGAACUGUUAUUCCAUCAACCCCAAUCUCCAAGAUUCGUCGAGCCCGACGGGGUCCUCCGGGCAAUCCAGCCUACCUCAGUAUGAUGUACAAGCAGACUGAAGGAUUCCAACCUCUACUUUCUCGGCUCGAUCCCACACUUUCAAAAAAACUCCAGUCGACUUAUGAAGAUGUCAAGAAGUUGUCCAGAUUACAUUAUGACUCCAAGACUACUGAGAUGAAAUACAAAGAUCAGUUUGGUCCUCAUUGGGAAACAGAGGGAAGGGAUCAAGUGGACGAAGAUGUGAAUCAGAAGAUGAGAGAAGCGUAUUUGGAUCCACUCGGUUCGAGUGUGGGAACGUACGAGGUGGAUGUUAUUUCCAGUUUGAAAGCGGAUUCCAUAGAUGGGCAGCAGUUCCAAAAUAGAUUGGAGGGAUUUGUGGAUAUGAUACAUGGGAAUAGAAAACACCAUACUGAUUUAAGAGAUUGGAUCAGUAGGAAUACAACCCCAGAAGAGUCAACAGAGGAUGGGAUAAAGAACAAUGUGAGUACGUCGAAGGUAGAAAAGACGGAGGAAAGGAAGAAAGGGAGAGUAUCAAGCAUGAUAGUACCAAGUUACACUCAGGCGAGGAAGAGAAUAAUGCAAUCGACACGUCGAACUGGGACGAAAUAUAAUCCAACGGAUCGAAAAGAUUCUUUAUUCUUGCCGGAUGAAUAUGGUGGUGUCGGACCGAAUCUGACAGCUUGGAAUAAGACCCAUGGUACAACAGCGAGCGUGCUGAUCACUUUGGACGAAAUGGACUUGUUACCUGAUGAUUUCAUCAAAACUCUCACUGACGAAACGGUGAUCAAAGCUUCUACGCUUAUCGAUAACACUCUCGAAAACCCACCCGCAGGGGAAUAUGCCGAGGGUUGGGCCAACAGAUACCUGAAUAUCAGAGAUGAAUUAGUUGAUAAGGAUCACACUUUAACGGAACAAGAACGGACAGACGCUCGUGUUGAAUUAUCGAAUAUGAUACGCGAUGCCGUCAACUUCAACGGUCAGAAAUACGGAACGGACUUUGAGAUCAUGUCGGAAACAGUCGCCACCGAAGCUGUGAGUAGGAGUGUCAGACGUGGAGGUGGGACAAACGUUUGGUUGACAUCUCUUGGAUCCGUCAAAAAUCUUCAAUCAGCGAUAAAGAAACUUGAUAUGAAGACUGAUUUAUUUGUCGAAUUAUCCAUGUUACAAGCAAAGAUGAGGUUGCCGAUAUUUGAAGAACCCACCAAUCCUGAUAACAAGUCUUCUCCAACUCGGACUUCAUUCAAGAAUGAUAAAACCACAAGCACUAUCAAUGAGAGCGAAGCUGAAGGAUCAACUCGAACAGUAAGGAUUCCAAUGAGUUCACAGCAACUUCAGCUUCUUCAAAGCCUACAGUUAAUUCAACAAGCCAUCAGCAAAGAAAUCUCCAACGCUGAAAAUACCGUCACCACCUUCAAUUCAGUCACUCGUCAACUUCGAAACAACAUUACAACUCUUGAGAGAUUGGUCGAUGAUCCCAGCCAUACAGCGACGGAAGCAGAGAACAACGAAUUGGCUGCUUUACAUCAAUACGCUCGCGGAGCUUUACAAGAUUUGACAACUUUUCGAACAACCACAGCUGUUCAGAGUUUUGCUUCGGUACCGGAAUAUUCAAGUUUCCUAAAUGAUAAUCACAUGUCGGAGAUGGAAAGGAGAGAAUUAUCUAAUUUAGCCUCGAAGUUGAUACCAGCUGUGGAUCAUAUCAUAAAGGGGAUGGGAGAAAAUAUCAGGAAAUCUAAGGCGUUGUCGGGACGGAAGUUGACCGAAAAGUCAAACACCAAACCUCCAGGAUCUAAUGGUCUGGAUGAUCCAUCUGCACUGUCCGAGAUACUCAGUGGAGAAAGGUCGGAAGUGAUAUCCACAGAUGUUGACAAUGAAACGAUGGGGAGUGCAUCGGAGUCGAUGUCGAUGUACGAACCUCUGCCGGGAUCUUCUAGUACCAUCACAGCUUGA